AAAAUCCAAGAAAAUGAAAAAAUUAAAGCUCCUGUGGAAUAUAGAUAAAAAUAAAUUGUCUAUGAUUUUUACAAAUUUUAACAACAAGACAUACGAAUUUAUUUAAAACGACUACAAACAAAAUGUUUAAAUUUAAAAAAAAAUUUAUACCUUAAACUACAAUUAAUUACCUACAUAACAACGUAAAUUUAAUUAAUCUAAAAUAAAGAAAAACAAAAACAAAACAAAUAUUAACAAAAAUGCGGUUAAACGGGUGUGUUUUUAAAAAUCAAGUUUUCAAUAUUUUUUUCAAAAUACUGAAAACCCUACCAAAGUGUUGUAAUAAAUACAAAAGUUAAAUCAAUAUGCGAGAAACUGUUCUACAAAAAAAAAAACAUUAAAUUUAAGUGUUUAAAAAAAAACUAACACAAAAACUAUCUAUCUUUAAAUACAAAAAACAAACAAACAAAAAAAUUCAUCAAAAACUUUAAUUUAAAACCAAACCUAAAUUUAGACUACAAAGCAAAAAACAAAAUAAAUACAAAUUAUGACUUAUACACAUUUAACAGCCCUGGCAGCCAAACAACAUUUCAGCGUUGCCACUCUGUGUUUUGUGACACUGACUCUCAGCUCAGUGCCGUUGAAAGAGGUGCAAGCACAAAGGCCUCUUUUAAAUCAUACAACCUACAAUACCAUACCCACAUCACAGCAUCACUAUAAACAGCUGCGCAAUGGCCGGACUCAUGAUAUGCUUAUGCCACCCUCUACCGUGGCCUCCAUACCCAGGGGUCUAUUAGCAGCUGGAGGUUUACCCUUGUAUGAUGAUGACAUGGAGAGCACACGUUUACCCUCCCAGCUGGGUAGACGUGACAAUCGCCGACGCAUUAACUAUCAAGCCUUGGCCGCCAAUAUACCGCGCGGCAAUAGUGGCCGUGGUGGCGGCAUUAAUUCGCUGCGCAAAGAACUCAUGAGACCUUCGGUGGGUGGUCCGGGUGGUGGCAUCAGUGGCAAUAGUCCGGGUUAUCCUUCCUAUUCGGCCACCUCAGCUAUAGGCAAAAUUGAUGGUAUUGGCGGCCUGAGUCCGGGCCGUCCCUAUGGUGAAACUGUACAAAUGCCUCCCGGUUCCAUGUACUCUACUAGUUCGCCUCCCUUAUAUUUAUCGCAUCCUCAAGAAUUCUCUAUACGCCAUACACCUAAACAAAAUAGUAUUGCCAAAAUUUGGAAACUAAAUCAUGGCAAAGUCAAUCAAGCUCAUUCAUUUGGCAUACCUUUGCCGCCCAAUGAUGAUCCUCGUGGCGGUAUUGAUGAUGAUAUUAUCAGAGAGGGCCAUGAUCCCUUGCAAGUGAUCAAAGAUGAGAUUAGAAUAUCCCAGCCUCAAUCGAAUCCAUAUAUCAUCAACACCGAGGCUACCUUAAACUCCGACAUCGAAGACUUGCUAGGUGUUCGUUGUACCUUUGAGACCCCGUGCGCCUGGAAAUGGACCGAGAAUCUUGUGGAUGGCUUUCAGAUAAUGAGCGGCACUGAGGUAUCCAAAAAGAACAUGACCGGCUUAUAUCCCGGUCCCUUAGCCGACAAUAUCGAUGAUGCCAAUGGACGCUUCUUAUAUGCCCGUCUCUCACCCACUACUCUGCAAAUAAACCUAACUUCACCACAAUUCAGCACCACCAUGGAGAAAUGUUAUCUGGAAGUGUAUAUGCAUCAGAGUGGCAUGAGUCAUGGCCUGUCGCGUGUUGUGGUAGAACCUUUACACUCACAGGAGAGCUCCUGGGUGCCGGCGGAAAUUGUAGGCGACAAUUAUCGUCAAUGGGAAAGGAAAGUGUUUCGUUUGGGUCGGAUUUCUCGAGAUUUUCGUAUAGUUUUCGAGAUUGUACCCAAACUGUUGGAGGGUCAGAAGGCACAUGUGGCCAUAGACAAUUUACGGAUGAUCAAUUGUUUCCCGGAGGGAGCCAAAGCGGAAAAAUGCAGUACUUCCCAGGUGAAAUGUAUGAUGAAUAAGGUACCGGUGUGCAUACCCCUGCCCAGGAUAUGUGAUAUAACGCGGGACUGUGAUGAUGCCGAAGAUGAGUUGUUGAACUGUGAAAAGAUACCCUUUGGAGCUAGAUGUGAUUUUGAGAAUGAUUGGUGUGGGUGGCGGGACUCGGGUCGCACGGUUUUAUCGUGGUCACGUCAUACGGGUUCUUCGCCCACCUACGACACCGGACCAGAUAGUGAUCAUACCUUUCAGCAUUUACUCAAUUCCACAGUGGGCUACUACAUGCUGGUCAAUAUGAAUCAGCACAGCAAUAACAGUGAAAAGGGUCCUUUGAUUGGCUUUGCCAGUAAUGCCAUUAUGAUAUCACGCACCUUCAAUCCACCUCCCACAGUUCACGGUGAUCCUAAUUCUCCCUAUCGCAACUCCUGUGUGGUGCGCUUCUAUAUCCAUCAGUUUGGCAAGAAUCCCGGCAGCAUUAAUCUGUCGGUGGUGGAAAUGAAGGAGAAGGAAAAUAUUACCACUACUUUGUGGUGGAGUACGAAAAAUCAGGGCGCUGAUUGGUUGAGGGCGGAAUAUAUAUUGCCCAAUAUAACAUCAAGAUAUUAUUUGCAAUUCGAGGCUCGCAUGGGCAUGCGUAUCUAUUCUGAUGUGGCUGUUGAUGACUUCUCUUUGUCGCCGGAAUGUUUUGGCAUUAAUAUACCACCGGAACAUUUGAAUGGCUAUAAUUAUUGGAAUGUGCGACAUACGAAAAGUCCAACGCAUAAAGAUUUUACGAAUCAUAAUUAUCUGGAACUAGGCACCUGCAACAAUCGAGGCAUGCUGGGUCCAACGCAGUCACAAUGUGAAAACUACUACAGCACCCAUAAUCGCAGUCGAGUCCUAAAAGAGGUAAAGGUGGUGGAUGACAUACCCUACAAGGGCAUGCAAAAAUGGAAGGUACCCCAUGAAGGAUUCUACACUUUUAUAGUUAAAGGCGCCAGUGGUGGUUUGGGUUCGGGAGGAGUGGGUUCUUCGCGAGGCGCUGUCUCUGUGGCUGUCUUGGAGUUGCAUAAAAAUGAAGAGCUGUAUAUAUUAGUGGGCCAGCAGGGAGAAAAUGCCUGUAUCAAAUCGUUGGGCUACAAGGAAGAUGGCUGUGGUUCCAGUGAUCCUGAUUUGGACUUGAGUAAAUAUAGUUUCACUUCCAAGCAGCAUAUGCUGAAGAAUAUGAAUUUGGAGUAUGGAGCCGGAGGAGGUGGCGGGGCGUCUUAUGUGUUUUUGUUAAACUCAGCACGAAAUGAAGCUGUACCCUUGAUAGUGGCGGGAGGAGGUGGAGGUUUGGGUAUAGGCCGCUAUUUGGAUGAAGAUUUCCAGCAUGGCCAAAAGGAGAGUGCGGGACGCAAGGGAUUAACGGGCCAAAUAAAUGGGGAGCCGUUGUCCAAGAAAACUGCCGGUCCUGGUGGUGGCUGGCGUGCCAAUGCCGAACAGGCUUUAGAUGCCAAAUAUGGUGCCGCUUUAUUGCUGGGCGGACGUGGUGGAUUUUCGUGUUAUGUUGACUUGGAUACUAAUGGCUCGCAUGUUAAACGUCAUGGCCAGGGAGGUUUUGGAGGCGGCGGUGGUGGCUGUUAUACGGGUGGUGGUGGAGGCGGUUAUGCGGGCGGUGAUGUUUAUCUCAAUCAAUCGAAUGGUGAGGGAGGCACUUCCUAUAUCACUACCACACGCACUUUGAAGGAAUUAAAUGCCAUCUAUGAAGGCUCCAACUUGGGGGCCGGUUCCGUUAUUAUAAUACCCGCAAUCGAGGGCUGCGGUUGUGAUUACAGAUGUUUGGCUUUAGAUGAGUAUAGAUCAUCGGUUAAAUGUAUUUGUCCGGAGGGUUGGAGAAUACGCAAAGACAAUUCCAGCUCAUGUGACAUGCCCAUAACGGAGACUAUUCCUGUGAAAUAUUUGAUUUCCUUCUUUACGGUUAUAAUGCUUUUGCUAAUAGCUUGCAUGGCAGCUCUUAUAGUUAUGUUAUAUAACCGCUAUCAGCGCAAGAAACUGGCCAAACAAAGACAUAAGAUGCUAAUGCAACAGGACAUGCAAUUGACCCGCUUGCGCCAUAAUCUGGAUGAAAAUAAUUUGAACAACUUUAAUCCCAAUUACGGCUGCGAUGAUCUAAUAAAUGGCACCAUAAAUGUUCAAAGUUUGCCACAAGUGGCCAGAGAAAGUUUGCGUUUGGUGAAACCUUUGGGCCAGGGUGCUUUUGGUGAAGUCUAUCAGGGUCUUUAUCGCCAUCGUGAUGGCGAUGCCGUUGAAAUGCCGGUGGCCGUCAAAACUCUGCCCGAAAUGUCUACGCUACAGGCUGAGGAGGAUUUCCUUAUGGAGGCUGCCAUCAUGGCCAAAUUUAAUCAUCCCAAUAUGGUCCAUUUAAUAGGUGUCUGUUUCGAUCGUCAUCCUCGAUUUAUUGUGCUGGAGCUAUUGGCGGGCGGUGAUCUUAAGAAUUUUUUGCGUGAAGGGCGCCACAAACCCGAUAGACCUUCAGCUUUAACCAUGAAAGAUUUGGUGUUUUGUGCUCUGGAUGUGGCCAAAGGCUGUCGCUAUAUGGAGAGUCAACGUUUCAUACAUCGCGAUAUAGCGGCCCGUAAUUGUUUGCUAAGCAGCAAGGGUCCCGGAAGGGUGGUGAAAAUUGCAGACUUUGGCAUGGCCCGUGAUAUUUAUCGCAGUGAUUAUUAUCGCAAGGGCGGCAAGGCCAUGUUGCCCAUUAAGUGGAUGCCACCAGAAGCUUUUCUGGAUGGUAUAUUUACUUCCAAGACCGAUGUGUGGUCAUUUGGGGUGUUGUUGUGGGAGGUUUUCAGUUUGGGUUUGAUGCCCUAUACGGGUCUCCCCAAUCCGGAAGUUAUGCAAUUGGUUACUAAUGGCGGCCGUUUGGGUACACCACCCGGCUGUCCGUCGGUAAUUUAUAAAAUUAUGGCCGAUUGCUGGAAUCCCACACCAGAAGAUCGUCCCACAUUCUCUAGUCUCUUAGAAAGACUAAAGACCGUAACAGAGGAUCCUGCCGUUAUGAACGCACCUCUGCCACACAUCUUACGCCCGCCCUCCAAUGAACGAGAUCAAACAAUAAUACGACCGCAAGGAGUCGACGACAUUUGUCUUCAAGUACCCACUACAUCUGACUAUCUAAUACCUUUGCCGGGCAUAACACACCUGCCCCAGCAUCAAAUCAAUGGAGGCCAAACAGAUGCCACCAACACCAACUCACCGGUGGUGGCUGUAUCGACCGGCACCAAUGUUUGCACACCGCCUGGCGUAUCCUCACCCUCGGCCCCCUGCUGUAAUCUGAAGGAGGGUGAGUGUGAGCAUGUUAAUAACUCACAUAACGAGGGCAGUUGGGAGACUUCGUUUAUAUUGCCCAACUCGAAGAGUGAUCAACCGUUGUUGAAUCAAACGAAUGGUUCACAGAAGAGCAUAAAUACGGUAUCAAUGGGAGCUCCGGGUCCGGGCAAUACCAGCGGCUAUAGCAGCAGCAGCCAAAGGUCGCCCGUCUCCAAUGGCUUAAGGACAAUACACAACAACAACAAUAAUAAUAACAGCAGCAACAGUAAUGGCAACGGCCACAGCAACAGCACUACAACAUCUACGAAUAAUCCACAAAACGAAGAGACAACCCUCAUUAGCUUGGACACGCCACAGCCGACACCGACCACCAUACAACCGCCAUUAUCAUUCUCAUCACAGCUGGAUGGUAUAACAUUAGAUCCGGCCGCUUUAACCAAGAGUCUGAACAAUACCGUAACAGUUCCAAAUACAAUUACAAAUACAACAAAUACUAAUACAACAACUCCUAAUAAUAAGCACUCCUCGUAUGCCAACAUCCAAAUGAUGUCCACCUCGGUGGGCAACCUCAAGGGCAACUGCAGUGACCCAACACCCACCACCAACAACAGCAUGACGACGACAAUGAUGAUGGGCAGCGAAAAACUAAAUGGUAGCAUUUUGCACAAGAGCAGCAAUGGCCUGAAUGUCAAUAAAAUGAAUGGCAAUCUGAACAAUAAGCCAGCAGCAGCAGUACCAGCAGGAACAGCUUCGAUUGGGCCAGUGGGCGCUAAUGCUCCUCCCUUCACUAUACAGGGCUAUAGCGAACGUUACAAGGACAAACAUUCAGAGAUAAGUUGUUAAAUUACGGUUUUAGGCCAAAGUGAAUUUAUAUGAGGGGGAAGUUAGUGGCGAAUUCGGUUAAUUUUUAUAAAAGAUUUAUGAAUUUGCUUGAAUUUUUCUUAUACUACGUUUAGACAUACAUACGUGUUUAAUGCUUGUUUUUCAAAAAAAAGACCAACAGUUCACUUAUUAAUUUAUUAAUGGACUGUUGCAGCUUCGCUCCAAUUUAGACAAGGUGAUAGCAGUGGCGAAUUUAGGUAAAUUUUUAGGGAGUUUGAAAUACUCAAGGCGAAUUGA